AUGCGGACCUGGUCAUUCCUUGCGCAGAUUCUCCCGCUGGUCGGGAUCUGUUCUGCUGCGUCAUCCAAGCGCGGCCUGGUCUUCACGCCCAACCCUAAUCAUCCUGAUGAUAACAAGAUCUGGGUGCAAUCUGGCAGCGACCUGAAGUGGUACUACAACUAUGGUAGCACACCAUCACCAGCCUACAACAGCCUCUCACAGGACCAGUUUGAGUUUGUUCCAAUGAUGUGGGGUGUUGGCCCCAAUCCCAACGACACACAGUUUCUUACAGAAGUCAAGAAACUCAUUGACGAUGGCACUAAGAUCAAACAUGUCAUGGCAUUCAACGAACCGGACACAACCUCCGUCUAUGGAGGCAGCAACGUCAAACCUGCAGACGCGGCUCUCGCCUGGGUCGCCAACUUUGAGCCCCUUGGCAAGAUGGGCUUGAAACUUGGCCUACCGGCAUGCACUGGAGGAUGGGAUAGUCUGCCAUGGCUCAAGCAGUUCUUGGGCAACUGCUCCGAGUUGGUCAGCACCGGAAACAACAAGAAGAACUGCACCUGGGACUUUUUACCCGUUCACUGGUACGACAACUUUGCUGGAUUGGCGUCUCACAUUGGCGAACGCGAAGCAACUUGGCCCAACAAAUCGAUCUGGGUAACAGAAUAUGCCUACGCCCAUCAGGAUCUCCAGCCAACCCAAGAAUUCUACAAUCAAACCAUCGACUACUUCGAGAAGCUCUCAAGCAUCGGGCGUUACUCGUACUUUGGCGCGUUCCGCUCGACCAAUUCUAAUGUCGGUGCCAAUGCAGCGUUCCUCAACGGUGGUGGUAAGCUCACUGAUAUCGGGUCAUGGUACCUUGGCUUUGGCGCCACGGGGAACCAGCCAGACAGCUCCAGUUCCCAAGGCGCUUUGUUGGAACCGACCAUGAGGAGCGUCAUUUUUGGCACCAUUGCUGGCCUUUUUAUCGGCUUUUUGUGA